AUGGAGGUGGACAAGGGCUCCAUGACCGUCGUUGGCCGCUUCGACGCCAAGAAGCUGCGGGACCGCGUCGCGCGCAAGACCAGGAAGAAGGUCGACCUCGUCGGCAGCAACAACAGCAACACCAACAAGGGCGGUGGCGGCGACAAGAAGGAGAAGGGCAACGACGGCGAGGGAAAGCCGGAGAAGAAGGACGAGGAGGGGAAGGAGCUCGACAAGGAUUCUGUGCAUGCAGCCGUCCUGCAUGCGCGCCAGGUGCUCGACCGCAUUCCCUACAUGAAUGCAGGCGUGGAGCAGGUCCGCAUGGAUUUUCCCAAGAACCAGGUGACGGUGAUCGGCACGAUGGACGCCAAGUGCCUGCCGGAGAAGCUCCGCGAGAGGCUGAAGCGGCCCGUGGACGUGGUGGCGCCCGGCAAGGACAAGGACAAGGACGGCAAGCAGCAGGGGGAGGGCGGCAACAAGGACAAGGAAGGCGGCAAGCAGCAGGGCGACUGCAAGGACGGGAAGCAGUCCAAGGAGGCGGCGGAGAAGGCCAUGGCGGCGGAGCUGGCGCUGUGGAAGACGGACUACUACGACAGCCAGCCGCUGCAGGCCACCCAGUUCCUCCUGAGCGACGAGAACCCCAACGCAUGCGCCGUCAUGUGAC